CAGCAGCAGCAACUUCAGCAGCAGCAGCAACUCCUGCAGCAGCAGCUGCAGCAGCAGCAACAGCAGCAGCAGCAGCAGCAGGGCUACGUAUCACCAUCCCCCACAGUAGCAACGGGUAGCCUACGGGCCCACUUCGUUAUAGCACACGCAGCAGCAGCAGCAGUAGCAGCGGCAGCAACAGCAGCAACAGCAGCUGCAACACUAGCAGCAGCAGCAGCAACACCAACAGAAGCAGCAACAAAACCAGCAGCAACAGCAGCAACAGCAGCGACAUCUACAGCUACAGUAGUGGCAGCAGCAACAGCAGCAGCUGCAACGCCGGCAGCAGCAACGGCGGCGGCAGCAGCAGAAACAGCAGCAACAGCAUUAGCAGCAGCAGCAGCAGCAGCAGCAACAGCAGCAGCAGCAGCAACAGCAGCAGCAGCAGCAAACCCUGUCAUUAGUUAA